UUCAUUACCUCGGAAUAUCAAUAUAAAUAGUUGUACUUGAAUUUUCAUAGUUAGAAGACAUGUUUACUGAUUUAGCUAGAAUGGACGCUAAAAAGUGUGUGUGUUCAUGUGUGUGCUUUUGCUUUCUUUUUGUUUCUAUAGUAACGGCGAUGCCAAAUAGGGACAAGCAGGUAGCACCGCUCAAAUGUUUGACCAUGGGAAAGACGAGACUCAAACUGUGUAUUGACGACAUUGACCAUCUACCCAGAGACACAGAUCCGUCAUGGGAACUUCCGAUGCAAAGGAAACGCUGGGAUAACAUACCAUCGUCUCGCACAUUUUACAACAAACAUAUGCUAACUGACUACGGCGGCAUGAUUGUGCCAUUUUUUAUGAGAAAACGUUCACGCCAGCAGAGUGAUGUCCCUUUUCAGAGCAUUUUAUCUUUCAAAAUGGCGGACGGUAUGGACGGUUCUCCGCAAUCAAUAAAUAAAAGACCUUUUGAUUCCAUUUCAUACAACACAGGUUUAGGGGGCUUUAAGUGAGUCAAGACGUAUGUAUACAUGUGUCAACGUGCUGCUUUUCACUGGUAAAGCAAACACUAAAUGCCAUUACAUGAUUUCUUGUUUGAGUAAUUUCUUUGCGCCUUAUAUUAAUAAAAGAAAAAAGUUUA